UCCAGGUCGGCAGCCGAGAGUUGUUGAACGGACCGAAUCGGAGAGUCUGUGUGGGACCAACAAGCUUUUGACUGAGGUGUCCGGAGGGAAGCGGCAGAACCUGGAAACAUAUGAUCUGAGAAGGUGAUUUGUGUCCUCUGGUCACCUGGAAUCAGGAUGCAGUUCUCAGUCAGACUGAGCUUCUUCCUGCUGGGCUUUGUUUUCAUCGCAGUGCUGCCUCACACAGCAAAAGGCCAAGUUUCAUCACCACGGAGAUUUCGUGCAAAAGUCCUGGGACAGGACAAGCUUGAGGUAUCAUGGAAGGAGCCGAAAGGAGAUUUUGAAGGAUACAAGGUUAUUUACAUCACACGUCCAGGUGGACAACAGAAGGUGCUUGAACUAGCAAAGCAGGAAACAAAGCUGGUCAUUAAAGAUUAUGACCCCUCAAAAGAUUACAACUUUAAGAUCAGUGCUGUGAGCGGCGGGAAGGAGAGCAAACCACUUCAAGGAAAACAUGAAGCUCAGCAGUCAGUCUCUGAAACAGCUCAAACCCAGGGGACUAAAAAGAGUGAUGUCACACGAGAAAACAACGAGAUCUCGGAAGCUGAAGAUGGAUUCAUGUGCAAGACUCCUGCCAUAGCCGACAUUGUGAUUCUGGUGGAUGGCUCUUGGAGUAUUGGUCGGAUUAACUUUAGGCUGGUUCGAGCCUUCCUAGAAAACCUUGUCAAUGCCUUUUCUGUGGAAUUUGACAAAACAAGAAUUGGACUUGCUCAGUACAGUGGAGACCCCAGGAUUGAGUGGCAUUUGAAUGCUCACACUACCAAAGAGGCUGUGAUAGAGGCUGUGAAAAACCUGCCCUAUAAAGGAGGAAACACACUGACAGGUCUGGCUCUCACCUUUAUAUUGGAAAACAGCUUCAAAGUAGAAUCUGGGUCCCGGCAUGGUGUUCCAAAAAUAGGAAUCCUUAUCACUGAUGGGAAGUCCCAAGACGAUGUGAUUCCUCCUGCCCAAAGCCUGAAGGAUGCUGGGAUAGAACUGUUUGCUAUUGGUGUGAAAAACGCAGAUGAAAACGAGCUGAAGGCCAUUGCAUCUCCUCCUGAGGAGACUCACGUCUACAACGUGGCAGACUUCAGUGUGAUGAGUGACAUCGUGGAAGGUCUCACCAAGACGGUCUGUGACCGUGUGGAACAGCUUGACAAAAAAAUAAAAGGAGGAGGAGGGCCAGCUCCACCCAUCACCUCCAUUGCACCCCCCCGUGAUCUCGUGACAUCAGCGAUAACAGCUCGUAGUUUUCGGGUUACAUGGACGCACGCGCCAGGCCUAGUGGAGAAAUAUCGAGUGGUGUACUAUCCAGCCAGUGGAGGACAACCAGAAGAAAAGGUGGUUGUGGGGACAGAGAACAGUGUGGAGCUGACCUACCUGAACUCCCUCACUGAGUACCAGGUGGCCGUUUUUGCCGUCUACCGAAGCUCUGCCAGCGAGGCCCUGAGAGGAAGUGCCACCACAUUGGCACUGCCCACAGUGAACAACCUAGAGUUGUUUGAUAUCACUCACAGCACCAUGGGGGUCCGCUGGAAGAUCGCCGCAGGGGCUUCGGGAUACAUGAUCCUGUACGCCCCGCUGACUGAGCAAGAAGCUGCAGAUGAGAAAGAGGUGAAAGUGGGGGAUUCUGUAAAUGAGGUGGAGCUGGAAGGACUAACUCCAGCCACUGAAUACACUGUAACAGUUUAUGCCAUGUAUGGAGAGGAGGCCAGUGAUCCCAUGACCAGCCAGCAAACAACAUUACCACUCAUCCCAGCAAGUAACCUACGUUUCCAAGAUGUGGAUCACAGCUCAGUUCGCAUAACUUGGGAUUCCCCUUCCAGGUUGGUGCGAGGCUACCGUAUCAUGUACGUCAAGACCAGCGGAGUCCAAACUACUGAGGUGGACCUUGGUGCUGUGACGAGCUAUUUGCUCAAAAACCUGACCUCCCUGACGGAGUACACAGUCGGGGUCUUUGCUGUCUAUAAAGAAGGAGAAGCUCCAGCAGUGACUGAAAGCUUCACCACAAAGAUAGUUCCAGACCCGAUGGAUCUGAAAAGCAGUGAUAUCUCCUCAGAUAGUUUCAGGGUGUCAUGGCAACACCCCGCCUCUGAUGUGGUACUGUAUCGACUCACCUGGACACCCACCGAUGGGGGAGACAGCGAGGAGGUUCUGGUGAAUGGAAACAUUAACACCUAUCUGAUUAAAGGACUAGAACCCGUCUCCGAAUAUGAAGUCCUCCUGGCUGCUAUCUACGCAAACGAGGUUGAGAGUGAUGAGAUGGUACUAAUAGAAACCACUGCUAAGAGGACAACUACAGUUGCUACAACAACCACAACGACAUUAACACCUCGUUAUGCUGUGAAGAACCUGAAGAUCGAUGAAGAAACCACAUUUAGCAUGCGGGUGUCGUGGCAGGCUGUGGACUCCAGAAAUGUCCGUCAUUAUCAACUGACCUACAUCAGUGCCAGGGGAGACAGAGCAGAGGAGACGAGGACGGUGCCCUCAGGUCAAACCAGCCUGGUUCUGCAGCCUCUCCUUUCAGACACAGAGUACAAAGUCACUGUGAUUCCUGUUUACAAUGAGGGAGAUGGCCCGGCAUCCUCACAAAUGGGUCGGACACUUCCUCUUUCAGCUCCUAGAAACCUGCGUGUGUCAGAAGAAUGGUACAGCCGCUUCAGGAUCAGCUGGGAUGUUCCUCCUUCACCCACUAUGGGCUACAGAGUUGUCUACCAGCCUCUUUCUGCCCCUGGACAGGCGCUGGAGACUUUUGUUGGGGAGGAUGUGAACACCAUGCUGAUCGUCAACCUCUUGAGUGGGACAGAGUACAGUGUCAAGGUCAUCGCGUCCUACACCACAGGAUCCAGUGAGGCUCUAACAGGAAAGGCCAAGACUUUGUAUCUUGGAGUAACCAGUUUGAGCACAUAUCAAGUGAGGAUGUCUGGUGUUUGUGCUCAGUGGGUGCCUCACCGGCAUGCCAGUGCCUACAGACUGGUUAUUCAAUCUGUGACUGGUAGUCAGAAGCAGGAGACGAAGCUUGGUGGAGGUGCCAGCAGACACUGUUUCAGCAACCUGAAGCCCAAUACAGAGUAUAAGAUCAGCAUAUACUCUCAGCUUCAGGACGGGACUGAAGGACCUGCUGUCACUGCAAAUGUGAAGACAUUACCAAUCCCAACACUACCACCGGUCAAGCCCCUGACCACCAGUCCACCACCCACAAUCCCUCCUGCUAAGGAAGUUUGUAAGGCAGCCAAAGCAGACCUGGUCUUUUUAGUGGAUGGUUCCUGGAGUAUCGGUGACGACAACUUCCUGAAGAUUAUCCGUUUCCUGUACAGCACCGUCGGAGCUCUGGAUCGGAUAGGCCCAGAUGGCACACAGGUGGCCAUCGCCCAGUUCAGUGACGACGCUCGGACUGAGUUCAAGCUGAAUUCCUACGGUGACAAAGAGCGUCUGCUUGAUGCCAUCAACAAGAUCUCCUACAAGGGAGGAAACACCAAAACAGGUCGAGCCAUCCAGCAUGUGAAGGAAAACAUCUUUACUGCUGAGGGAGGAGCCAGGAGAGGAAUCCCCAACGUCCUUGUAGUUCUGACUGAUGGCCGAUCCCAAGAUGAUGUCAAUAAAGUUUCCAAAGAGAUGCAGAUGUCAGGUUACAUUGUGUUUGCUAUCGGCUUCGCUGAUGCCGACUAUGGAGAGUUGGUGAGCAUCGCCAGUAAACCGAGCGACAGGCACGUCUUCUUCGUGGACGACCUGGAUGCCUUUCAGAGGAUUGAAGAGAAGCUGGUGACCUUUGUGUGCGAGGCCGCUACUGCGACUUGUCCAUCAAUACCAAUGAGUGGCAGCACAACCCCAGGAUUCCGUAUGAUGGAGCUGUUUGGACUUGUUGAAAAUAAGUACAACAGCAUCUCUGGUGUUUCCAUGGUACCUGGCACCUUCAAUGCCUUUCCCUGUUUCCACCUGCACAGCAACGCUCUGAUGGCACAGCCAACCAGGUUUAUCCAUCCUGAGGGGCUUCCCUCUGACUACACCAUCACACUGCUGUUCAGAGUGCUGCCUGACACGCCGGAGGAGCCCUUUGCUAUCUGGGAGAUCCUCAAUAAGAACAACGAUCCACUCACUGGAGUCAUCCUGGACAAUGGAGGAAAAACUCUGACAUUCUUCAACAACGACUUCAGGGGAGAUUUUCAGACUGUCACAUUUGAAGAUCCAGAAAUCAAAAAACUCUUCUUUGGAAGCUUUCACAAGCUGCACAUUGCAAUCAGCAAGACGAGUGCCAAAGUUUUCAUCGACUGCAAAAUGGUGGCAGAGAAGUUCAUCAACGCUGCAGGAAACAUCACCACAGAUGGAGUGGAAGUUCUGGGCAGGAUGGUUCGUUCAAGAGAGAACAAGGACAACUCUGCACCGUUCCAGCUCCAGAACUUUGACAUUAUUUGCAGCACAUCCUGGGCCAACAGAGACAAGUGCUGUGAACUGCCUGGCCUGAGGAAGGAGGUAGACUGUCCAGCCUUACCCAAAGCCUGCACCUGCACACAGGACAGCAAAGGUCCAGCUGGUCCUCCUGGAGUGCCUGGCGGUCCUGGAAUCAGAGGCGCCAGAGGUGAUCGUGGAGAGCCGGGUCCUGUGGGACCUGCAGGUCCUGUUGGAGAUACAGGUGUACCCGGACCUCAAGGACCCCCUGGACCUCAAGGACCAAGUGGACGUUCCAUCAUUGGGCCCCCUGGCUCUGCAGGAGAGAGGGGGCAGAAAGGUGAAGCUGGCCUACAGGGACAACAGGGUAUACCUGGAAGACCUGGCCCUGUGGGAAGAGAAGGACCUCCAGGACCCAGGGGACUUCCAGGCAAAGACGGCCCACAGGGCAGACAGGGACCCCCAGGAACUAUGGGGACUCCAGGAGCUCCUGGGUCUCCUGGAAAUACCGGCGCCCAAGGAAAACAGGGAACCCUGGGACCACCGGGUUCACCAGGAACAAAGGGAGAGAAAGGUGAACGGGGUGACCUUCAGUCAACGGCAUCAGUUCAGGCCAUUGCCAGACAAGUCUGUGAGCAGCUGAUCCAAAGUCACAUGUCACGCUACAACACUAUCUUAAACCAAGCGCCCAGUCCACCAGUGUCCAUCCGUACAGUGCCUGGACCUCCAGGAGAACCUGGUCGUGAAGGUGCCCCAGGGCCCCAGGGAGAACAGGGACCACCAGGAAGGCCAGGCUUUCCUGGCCAGAAUGGUCAAAAUGGAAAUCCUGGAGAACGAGGGCAACCAGGAGAAAAGGGGGAGAAAGGGUCUGCAGGUGUUGGUGUCCAGGGCUCCAGAGGGCCUCCAGGACCUCCUGGUCCCCAAGGACUGGGCAGACCUGGCAGUCAGGGUCCAACAGGUCGCCCUGGAAAUCCUGGAACUUCUGGUCGGCCCGGAGUUCCCGGUCCAGUUGGCCCUCCAGGACCGCCGGGAUACUGUGACCAGAACUCUUGUUUGGGCUACAAUGUUGGAGAUUAUGAUCAUCCAGUUCCUCUUUUUUAAUCCAGAACCUUUACUGACUUUGUACAAAUUCCAGUAACACAGAUCACCUCUGUAAAGCGACUAAGCAAGACAGAACCUAAUAUAUAUAACGCACGUAUUAACUUCAAGUAACAGAAAGUCUUGAGAGAUAGAUUAAUUUUGUGGCGUUGUGACAGUCUGAAUGUAAGCUAAUGGAUAACAAAUCUAAUAUUUGCUUAUGAGAUAUGUUUUUUAUAUACAAAAUCAAAUGUUACGCUAACUUUAAUCUUGAAGCAGUUUAUCCAGAACUUCUCCUAACUUGCUCAUAGUCUUAUGACUAGAUAACCUCAUUACUCAUGGCUUGGUAAUUCUUACUAACUCUUGUUCCUCUUUCUUUUACUCCUUCCAUUUUAAAUCUCUACCCAUCCUUAUGUUAACCCAAAUAAAUCCCACCAAAUUGCCCUCCAAACACUCUUUUCCUUGGUGAUGGGAAUCGACCAUCUUUCUUUGGGGCGUUCACUGACUGCUUGCUCAACUUGGUGGCCCCGGUGGGAUCAAUUCCUGGGUGACUGGCCGUGCAGAAGGUGAAGAGAUCACUGAUGUCCGCGGUAUCCCUCCAGUCCAACUUCCAUCCAGCGUCUUUCAAAACUACGGAGAGGCAGAAGAGGUUGACCCAUACCGCUACUACCAGCCCAACUACCCAGCUCCUCAACCCGUCUCGCCUGAUGACCCCGCGCUGGACGAUGUUGAGCUGAGGUCCCCCGGUGUGUACCGCAACAAACGGAGCACAAAGGCGGAAGAGGAGCAAGCCGGGACAAAGAGGAGGAUAAAGAGAGGAGUGAAGAAUCUUCCUAAACUAACUAACUGAGAGGAGGAAGCUGGAGGACAGAGGGACGCUUGCUCUUUGUGAUUGGAAGGCUUGGAGCCAUUAUGAACUAAUCAACAAGUGCCUGAUGUAGGGGGUUUCUUAUGGACAUUGGAGAUGGAACGGGAGGGGAAAUGAGGUUGGGAAAACUUAACUCAUCUAUGCUAUUGAAUUAACUUCAACAGAACAGAUUUAUUUAGUUUUAUUCAUUUUGUUUUGGUCAAGCAAAGUGCUCAGAAAGGUACUGAACUUUUGUUCGUAAUACCCAAAAACUGUCAGUAUUCAAUUUAUUGAUUUGUUUUCAGGUCUUUCUGUUAUUCACCUGGUUGUUUAAGUGCCUCCUAGUGUUUUUUCUAGUACUUUGAUGGUAAAGUAAAGUAUCUUUUCUUUGAAGGUCUCUUUUGAUGCCUGUUAGCCAGGGAAAGAUUUGCUUGAGCCUUUCAUUUGUUUAUUUAACCAGUGAAAGUGUAAAAUGGGUUUACAGUGCAACAUUUCCUGUAAUCCUUUAUCUUGGUCAUGUUUGCAUCGAGCUGUGUGAUUAAUACCCAACCCCUCAGUUUUGAAGGCACGUACAAUUUGCAGCCAGGGAUUUUUCCAUCUUCACAACUGGUAUUUGUGGAGUUGUGCAUGUUUUUAUUUCAUUUUAACAUGUGAUGUGUUCAUUUCUGAACUGAUAAAGCCACAGAUACACCUAACCUACAUAUCAAGAUGGUUUUAUGAAUGCUUAUUGAUAUAAUAUUAAGCUAAUACCUGUAUGUUUGAGAAGAUUGAUUAAACUAAAACUUUAUAAAUCCAUAGAUAAUGCAGGCAAAAAACAGACUGCUGUUUCUCACCUCUUGCCUUUUAAUUUUACAACUUUUAAAUUUUUUUUUCAACAUUUCCUGUUUAUAUUUGUAAUCUGUUAACCAUCUGUUCCAGAGAAAAUACUCUACAUCCAUUUGUUUUUAAAUUUUAGGUCAGCUUUAGAAAAUAAAUGAGUAAAAAUAACUUAAGCACACUAAUUCCAUAUGCAUGAUUGGUUUAUUAUCUUAGUUUUCAUGCUGCACCUUUUUUUUCACUCCCGUUUUCCUUUCCAGUGUGAUUAAAUUAUGCCCAAUCACAUUUUCAAUUUUGUAAAUGUUUCCUCCGUUUGUUUUUUUCUGAAGCUUUUGGUCUGUUACUGCAGCGUCUGAUCAAGAUGUUUAAAACUAAAAAAAAAAAAAAAAUCAAGGAAGUAAUUUAUUUUUUACUUGGUGUUGAUUUUCUCAGAACAAUAAAACUGAAGUACAAGCGUU